UAUAAGCACAUUGAUCAAAUUUAGCAAACAUGGAAGCAAUAUCAAGCAUAGAAGAUAAAUUUAACAGCACUUUUUCAGUUCAAGAGCUUGUCAAAGAGUCGAUAAUAACAAUCCCUCAACACUAUGUUCGUUUAGACCAGCAACAUCCUUCCCCUGGCGCUGCCACUCCCUUCCAAAUGCUUCCUAUCAUUGACAUGAAUCAAUUAAUUUUUGGGGAGGAUUUUGAUCUUCAACUCGAAAAGUUGCACUCCACUUGCAAAGAAUGGGGUUUCUUUCAGUUGGUGAACCAUGGAAUUAAGAGCUCAAUACUAGAGAGAUUGAAACAUGAAGUUGAAGGAUUUUAUAAGCUCCCACUAGAAGAGAAAAUGAAGUAUAAGAUAAGGGAAGGUGAAUUUGAAGGUUACGGAACACAGGAGAGAGGUGGCGGAAAAUUUGACUGGUGCGAUAAGCUUUAUAUGAUGACCAACCCCAUUCUUCGACGAAAGCCUCAUCUCUUCCCAAAGCUCCCUUCAUCCUUGAGAAAUACCAUGGAAUCUUACAUAUUGGAACUACAAGAACUUGGGACGAAGCUUUUGAGUUUAAUAGCGAAAGCAUUGAAAAUUAAUGAAAAAGAGAUGAUAGAAUAUUUUGAGGAUGGGAUGCAAUCAAUUAGAAUGACAUACUAUCCUCCGUGUCCGCAAUCGGAGUUGGUGAUGGGCUUUACUCCUCACUCUGAUUCCACUUUUCUCACCAUUCUCUUCCAACUUAACGGUGUCGACGGCCUUCACAUCCGCAAAGAUGGUGUUUGGUUCCCCGUUAGCAUCCUCCCAAAUGCUCUCGUCGUCAAUGUUGGAGACAUUCUAGAGAUCUAUAGCAAUGGGGUUUACCGUAGCAUUGAGCAUAAGGUGGUACCGAAUUCAAAGAAAGAAAGGAUGUCAGUAGCCUUUUUCAUCAACCCUAAAUUAGAAGCCGAUGUUGGACCUUCGCCUAACUUGAUCAAUCCAAACAAUCCUCCAUUGUUUAAAAGGGUUGGAAUGGAGCAAUACGUUCAAGAUUUCUUCUCUCACAAGCUCAAUGGCAAAGCAUAUCUGCAACAUAUGAGGAUCAAUGAUGAAGGAAACGACAACCCUGCUUGAUUGAUUUGAGUUAAAAACUCUAAAACUAUGUUAAUAUGUAUAAUGAACAAGUUAUGUAUGGUGUGAAAAUAAAUGCAUCUUUGAUGUUAUUUAUGUGAUGCGAGCCAAGCUGCUUCUAUCUUUAGGGCUUCCUCAAGAAAAUAUGGUAUUUCUGUGUGUAUCAUUAUAAAUAAUAUGUGUCAAAAGUAUGAGUAUCUUUAUGUAUUUGAUUGUAUAAUAUAUUUUAUAAUAAAAUGAGUAAAGAAUAUGGGUGUUUGUGUAUAA